AUGUUGACAACCAAGGCGUUAAUCAUUACUGACCCGGUGUCCAUUGUGUUGCCUCGGUUUACUGAUCCGUUCAAGACGCACUCGUCGCAGUCCUCUCCUACAAACGACGGCAACGACGAUCCGACAGCCCAAGAAGCAGAAGAAGAAUAUGGGUCAUCCGAUGUCACUUCAGACGAGUCAACCGAUCAUUCACCUGCGCCCACCGAAGAAUCGAGCUCGCCCACUAUUGCUAUUGCUUCCACUCCCCGUAGUAACAAAACGAGUAACGAUGUAACGGCUACUGCGGCUUCUAUUGAUCUGAGAGAACAGCGAUUGUACCAUCAUCAACAAGGAGCACCACAAGAACUGCAUAAAGAUGAUAUAUCGCCGAUGAAAUUAUUGUUGCCUUCUUGUUGGCCAUGUUUUGUUCCGAUCACGCUAGAAAGAAGUGUGCAAGACGAUUUAAGCGUUUCCAUGUUGGAUCUGUAUGAGCGACUGUUACCGACUCGAGAUGCAUACAAACGUCGUAGAAAUUUUGUAACCAAAGUCGAAGCCAUCCUGAAUUCUGAAUGGAAAGGCCAAGAUAUUCGUGCCAAUUUGUUUGGGUCUUCCGAGAAUGAUUUGGGCACGUCAACAUCCGACGUCGAUAUCUGUCUAACUACUUCUUGGGCCGGAUUGAAAUGCGUGAAAACCCUGGCCGGUGUCUUGAAGAAACAUGGAAUGCAGCGGGUCCAUACUGUGCCGCGUGCAAAAGUGCCCAUUGUCAAGAUGUGGGAUCCUGUCUACCAACUGGCUUGUGACAUGAAUGUCAACAACCCACUAGCGCUGCACAACACUCGUAUGAUCAAAACGUAUGUGGCGAUUGAUCCUCGUGUGCGACCGUUGGCCAUGUUGAUAAAGUACUGGACCCGUCAACGGGCAUUGAAUAAUGCAGCGGACGGUGGCACCCUGUCGACAUACACAUGGACAUGUAUGAUCAUUAAUUUCCUGCAGAUGCGCGAACCACCCAUACUACCCGUGCUACAUCAGAUGGGAGGACGAGGAGUAUACGACAAUGACCAGACAACCACGCUGGUGGAUGGACUCGACAUUUCAUUCUACACCGACAUCGACUCGCUCAAAGAUUUCGGCAAACGCAACCAUGAAAGCCUUGGCGGCCUACUCUUUGCAUUCUUUCGACGGUUUGCAUACGAGUUUGAUUAUGAAACACAGGUGGUGUCUGUACGUCACGGGCGCUACCUGCGCAAACGAGAAAAAGGUUGGCACGAGGGCCCAAACAAGCGCAUGUUUUGCAUCGAAGAGCCGUUCAAUGUCCAUCGGAACCUGGGAAACUCGGCAGAUGAUGCUUCUGUUUAUGGGUUGCAAGCCGAGUUUCGACGCGCGGUGCAUAUCUUGCUGGAAACUGAGAGUUUGGAAGCACUCUGUGCCAAAUACUUCCCACCGGCUGCUGCUGCUAUUCCCGUAUAUGUCGAGUACCCACAGCAACAGCAACAGCAACAACAAAAGCACCCGUUCCUCCUCCGCUUCCCAUUGCUUCAGACGUCAUAA